AUGUUUAAAUAUGGAGGAUUUUUCAAACGUUUCUUACCUGUCUUCUUGGAGCUUUUACUGUUUCUACAUUUAAUGAACUAUUUACCAUCUGCUUCUUCAGAAGGUCACUGCAUCUGGUAUGGAGUGUGCAACCAGACCGGUGAAAAGUAUACUUACUGCUCAUACAAUGGUACGGCAUUGCCGAUAGAAGAUGGUUCCAGAGCCAUUCUAGAAAAAUACUGCCCCGACGAAGCGAAAGGUAAUACAUCAUGCUGCAGUUAUGAACAGCUCGAGAAAAUGAGUGAGAAGAUUCAGAACGUGGAGAACAUAAUUAAUAGAUGUCCAUCGUGCUUAGACAAUUUCCUGACACACAUUUGCGCAAUGACCUGUGGGGUGAACCAAAGCGAUUAUCUGUACCCUAACAUCAUACCGUACAAUAAAACACACGAGCAGGUAGUGUCGGUAGACUAUCACCUCAGCGAAACAUACAUGCAAGCUACGUUUGACUCAUGUUCUCAGGUACAAAUCCCGUCGAGUAAUGAAGUAGUUAUACACUUAAUGUGUGGCGAUUAUGGCCCUGACUGUACUGCAGAAUUCUGGUUCAAGUUCAUGGGUGACGCAGAAGCUGUGGAGAAAGUGCCAUUCCAGGUCAAUUAUAGGAAUUAUACUGAUUCCUCAAGAAGUCUAACGCCGUUCGAUCCUCCAACCAGACCCUGCAAUGUUGGAAGAGAGGGCGAACCUGGGUGUUCGUGUCUCGACUGCGACUUAUCGUGUCCAGCACCAAAGCCGCACCAACUGCCAAAAGCCUGGAAGAUAAACGAAGCAUUAAUCAUGGCUAUCAUUUUCGUGUUGUGCACAAUUGUUUUCCUUCACUGCACAUUAUUUUGCAACCGGCAAGAGAAAUAUGACGUUGGUGCAACGGCAGAAAACAAUGAAGAAAUAGUGACAAAUCCUGUAUCCGACAGCUUCGGAUUGGAUCCACAAGAGGUCACUGGUGAAGCAACGUUCUUAGAGAAGUUAGGAGCCGGAACUGAAAAGAGAAUUGAAGACUUCUUUCAGUGGUGGGGGUACAUCAUGGCUUCUAGACCGUGGCUCGUAUUGUUCAUUGGUCUACUCAUGGUAGUAGCUUUGGGUUGUGGAAUUAUUUAUAUGCAAGUAACAAUGAAUCCAGUAGAGCUGUGGGCAGCACCAAAUACAAGAUCGCGCAUAGAAAAAGAUUAUUUCGACUCCCACUUCGAACCAUUCUAUAGGACAGAGAUGUUGAUCAUAACUUCAAAAGGUUUACCCUCCAUUGAGCAUUCCACGCCAUCUGGGAAUAUUACUUUCGGGCCUGUGUUCAAUUUUAAUUUCCUACAAGAUGUGUUUAAUCUGCAGGAGAAAAUAUUAGCUCUGGGUAACGAGACGGGCAUCGAGGACAUCUGCUUCGCUCCGCUGUCGUCUCCGUUCAGCGGGCCCGUGACGCCGGACCAGUGCGCCGUCAUGACCGUAUUUGGGUGGUUCCAGAAUGAAAUCGAAGGACUGGAGUCCGAUACUUAUCUCGAUCAAAUUCUAUUGUGUUCUAGGAAUCCAUACCUGAAAGAGUGCCUUUCGAACUUCAAAGGCCCCGUCCUCCCGGCAGUGGCUCUGGGCGGUUUCUUGAAACCUGGCGAGCCCCUCACCAAGCGAUCGCGGUUCCACGAGGCCAACGCGCUGAUAAUCACCUUCCUAGUCAACAAUAAGAAGGACAUGGAACAGCUGAGACCGGUGUUGAAAUGGGAGAAAGAGUUCAUAAACUUCAUGAAGAACUACACGGAGACCCAAAUGCCUCCGUACAUGGAUAUAGCGUACACCUCGGAGCGGUCCAUCGAGGAUGAGCUGGAACGGGAGUCUCAGUCCGACGUGUCUACUAUCCUCGUCUCUUACGUCAUCAUGUUCGCUUAUAUCGCGAUAUCUUUGGGCAGGUUCACCAGCUUCUCCCGGAUACUCAUAGACAGUAAAGUUACGUUGGGACUUGGAGGUGUAAUCAUCGUGUUAGCAUCUGUCGUAUGUUCCAUUGGCAUAUUCAGUUAUGCAGGUGUAUCUGCAUCGUUGAUAAUCAUCGAAGUGAUUCCAUUUCUGGUACUUGCGGUCGGAGUUGACAACAUAUUUAUUCUUGUUCAGACUAACCAAAGAAUAAAGAGGAAGCCGAAUGAAAGUGUCCCCAAACAAAUUGGGAGAACCCUCGGCCAAGUGGGUCCAUCAAUGUUCCUGACGUCUGCGUCGGAGUCGGUGUGCUUCUUCCUGGGCGCGCUGAGCGACAUGCCGGCCGUGUGCGCCUUCGCGCUGUACGCGGGCGCCGCGCUGCUCGUGGACUUCCUGCUGCAGGUCACGUGCUUCGUGGCGCUGCUCGCCAUCGACACGCACCGCCAGAACGCGAACAGGUCAGUACAGUGUAGUACCUUCAGUACAGCACGGCACUUCCUGCUGCAGGUCACGUGCUUCGUGGCGCUGCUCGCCAUCGACACGCACCGCCAGAACGCGAACAGGUCAGUACAGUGUAGUACCUUCAGUACAGCACGGCACUUCCUGCUGCAGGUCACGUGCUUCGUGGCGCUGCUCGCCAUCGACACGCACCGCCAGAACGCGAACAGGUCAGUACAGUGUAGUACCUUCAGUACAGCACGGCACUUCCUGCUGCAGGUCACGUGCUUCGUGGCGCUGCUCGCCAUCGACACGCACCGACAGAACGCGAACAGGUCAGUACAGUGUAGUACCUUCAGUACAGCACGGCACUUCCUGCUGCAGGUCACGUGCUUCGUGGCGCUGCUCGCCAUCGACACGCACCGCCAGAACGCGAACAGGUCAGUACAGUGUAGUACCUUCAGUACAGCACGGCACUUCCUGCUGCAGGUCACGUGCUUCGUGGCGCUGCUCGCCAUCGACACGCACCGCCAGAACGCGAACAGGUCAGUACAGUGUAGUACCUUCAGUACAGCACGGCACUUCCUGCUGCAGGUCACGUGCUUCGUGGCGCUGCUCGCCAUCGACACGCACCGCCAGAACGCGAACAGGUCAGUACAGUGUAGUACCUUCAGUACAGCACGGCACUUCCUGCUGCAGGUCACGUGCUUCGUGGCGCUGCUCGCCAUCGACACGCACCGCCAGAACGCGAACAGGUCAGUACAGUGUAGUACCUUCAGUACAGCACGGCACUUCCUGCUGCAGGUCACGUGCUUCGUGGCGCUGCUCGCCAUCGACACGCACCGCCAGAACGCGAACAGGUCAGUACAGUGUAGUACCUUCAGUACAGCACGGCACUUCCUGCUGCAGGUCACGUGCUUCGUGGCGCUGCUCGCCCUCGACACGCACCGCCAGAACGCGAACAGGUCAGUACAGUGUAGUACCUUCAGUACAGCACGGCACUUCCUGCUGCAGGUCACGUGCUUCGUGGCGCUGCUCGCCAUCGACACGCACCGCCAGAACGCGAACAGGUCAGUACAGUGUAGUACCUUCAGUACAGCACGGCACUUCCUGCUGCAGGUCACGUGCUUCGUGGCGCUGCUCGCCAUCGACACGCACCGCCAGAACGCGAACAGGUUUGACAUUUUCUGCUGUGUAAAAGGCACUAAAGAGGAGGCAGGCACGGACGUCAAAGAGGGAGCGCUGUACAACAUGUUCAAAGAUGUGUACUCUCCUUUCUUGAUGAAGCGUGAAGUCCGAGCCGCUGUUUUGAUCCUCUUCUUCGCGUGGCUUUGUUCGUCAGUAGCCGUCGCUCCACAUGUAGAAAUAGGUCUCGACCAAGAGCUAUCAAUGCCUCAAGACAGUUUCCAACUGAAGUACUUCCAAUUCUUAAAGCGUUAUCUAAACAUCGGUCCUCCUGUCUUCUUCGUCCUCACCGAAGGUAUCGACUACUCGGACAGGGAAACUCAGAACAUGAUAUGUGGUACGCGAUACUGUCGUCCUGAUAGUGUCUCUAUGCAGCUCUAUGCCGCAUACCGUAAUCAGAACGAGACGUACAUAGCACAGCCGCCCAACUCUUGGCUGGACGACUUCUUUGACUGGAGUUUCUUAUCUCAGUCCUGCUGCAAGUACUUCCCAUCUAACUCUAGUUUUUGCCCGAGCGAAAGUAUAUCACCUGAUUGUAAACUAUGCAAAAUACCUCUGCAUGGUGUAGAGCAACGCCCGAACACUACCAACUUCAAGCAUUAUAUACCUUUCUUCUUACAAGACAACCCUGCACCUGAUGGUGGAUGUAUCAAAGGAGGACAUGCGGCUUACAGCCAGGGCGUUAACUACAAACACAAUAAUAAAAUAGGAGCCACUUAUUUUCAAGCGUACCACACUGUACUUAAAACUAGUCAAGAUUAUUAUUCCGCAAUGAGAGAAGCAAGAAAUGUGGCUACAAAUCUGACAGAAACUUUGAAUAGGAACCUUCGUGAACAGGGAAAGGCUGUCACAGUAGACGUGUUCCCGUAUUCAGUGUUCUAUGUAUUCUAUGAACAAUUCCUGACCAUGUGGCCGGAUACGCUGAAGUCUUUAGCCAUUUCGCUACUGUCUAUUUUUGUAGUGACCUUCCUUUUAAUGGGCUUCGAUAUGUACUUGGCUUUGGUGGUGGUGAUCACUAUAACGAUGAUCAUUGUGAACCUCUUUGGUGUCAUGCACUGGUGGGGGAUCAGUCUCAAUGCCAUCUCACUGGUUAAUUUGGUGAUGGCGGUGGGCAUCGCGGUGGAGUUCUGCUCGCACAUCGUGCACAGCUUCAGCGUGGCGGGCGGCGGGUCGCGCGUGGCGCGCGCCACCGAGGCGCUCACGCGCAUGGGCUCCUCCGUGCUCUCCGGCAUCACGCUCACCAAGUUCGGCGGCAUCAUCGUGCUCGGCACGGCCAAGAGCCAGAUCUUCCAGGUGUUCUACUUCCGCAUGUACCUGGGCAUCGUGGUGCUGGGCGCGGCGCACGGGCUCAUCUUCCUGCCCGUUAUGCUCAGCUAUAUUGGUUCUCCAGUGAACAAACAGAAGCUGGUCAAUCAGAUAAGUCGAAACUCGUCGGAGUCGUUAUCGUUGACUUCAAGAUAUAACCAGACUCAUAUGCAGUGCCAUUUUCAGACGACUCCAUCAGCUACGCGAUAA